UCGGGCCGCGCGCGCGGGGUGUCAUGGCGGCCUGCAGGCAGUGCUGCUCGUACCUGAGGCUCCGGCCGCGGGGCUGCGGUCCCCUCAGUCCCCUCGGCCGGCCCGGGCGGAGUCGGCCACUCACCUAUUUGCAGGCGCGAGCGCUGUGGAGCAGCACCGGGUCCCGAACGGUGGCCGUGGACCUGGGCCACAGAAAAUUAGAAAUAUCCUCUGGAAAACUGGCAAGAUUUGCAGAUGGCUGUGCUGUGGUACAGUCAGGCGACACAGCAGUGAUGGUCACAGCGGUCAGUAAAACAAAGCCUUCACCUUCCCAGUUCAUGCCCCUGCUGGUUGACUACAGACAGAAGGCCGCUGCAGCAGGUAGAAUCCCCACAAACUACCUUAGACGGGAGAUUGGCUCUUCUGACAAAGAGAUUCUUACAAGUCGAGUCAUAGAUCGUUCAAUUCGACCUCUCUUUCCACCUGGCUAUUUUUAUGAUACUCAGGUAAUAUGUAAUCUGUUAGCAGUAGAUGGCAUCAAUGAACCUGAUGUCCUAGCAAUUAAUGGUGCUUCUGUAGCCCUCUCCUUGUCAGACAUUCCUUGGAAUGGACCUAUUGGGGCAGUACGAAUAGGAAUGAUUGAUGGAGAAUGUGUUGUUAACCCGACAAGGAAAGAGAUGUCUUCUAGCACUUUAAAUUUAGUGGUUGCUGGAGCACCUAAAAGCCAGAUUGUUAUGUUGGAAGCCUCUGCAGAAAACAUUCUACAGCAGGACUUCUGUCAUGCUAUCAAAAUUGGAGUGAAGUAUACCCAGCAGAUAAUUCAGGGCAUCCAGCAGUUGGUAAAAGAAAUUGGUGUUGCCAAAAGGACACCCCAGAAGAUAUUCAUCCCUUCACCAGAGAUUGUGAAGUAUGCUCACAAACUCGCCGUGGAGAAACUCUAUGCAGUAUUUACGGAUUAUGAGCAUGAUAAAAUUUCUAGAGAUGAAGCUGUUAACAAGAUAAGACUAGACACAGAGGAGCAACUAAAGGAAAAAUUUCCAGAGGUCGACCAAUUUGAAAUAAUAGAAUCCUUCAAUGUUGUUGCAAAGGAGGUUUUCAGAAGUAUUAUUUUGAAUGAAUAUAAAAGGUGUGAUGGACGGGAUUUGACUUCACUUAGGAAUAUAAGUUGUGAGGUAGAUAUGUUUAAAACACUUCAUGGAUCAGCAUUAUUUCAAAGGGGACAGACACAGGUACUCUGUACUGUUACAUUUGAUUCAUUAGAAUCCAGUAUUAAGUCAGAUCAAAUUAUAACAGCUAUGAAUGGAGUAAAAGAUAAAAAUUUCGUGCUUCACUAUGAGUUUCCUCCUUAUGCAACCAAUGAAAUUGGCAAAGUUACUGGUGUAAAUAGAAGAGAACUUGGGCACGGUGCUCUUGCUGAGAAAGCUUUGUUUCCCGUUAUUCCCAAAGAUUUUCCUUUUACCAUAAGAGUCACAUCUGAAGUCCUUGAGUCAAACGGGUCAUCUUCUAUGGCAUCUGCUUGUGGUGGAAGUUUGGCAUUAAUGGAUGCAGGGGUCCCAAUUUCAUCUGCUGUUGCAGGUGUAGCAGUGGGACUGGUUACCAAAACCAAUCCAGCGAAAGGGGAAAUAGAAGAUUAUCGUUUGCUGACAGAUAUUCUGGGAAUUGAAGACUACAAUGGUGACAUGGAUUUCAAAAUGGCGGGUACAAACAAGGGAGUAACCGCACUACAGGCUGAUAUUAAAUUACCUGGAAUACCAAUUAAAAUUGUAAUGGAAGCCAUUCAGCAAGCAUCAGUGGCAAAGAGGGAGAUAUUACAGAUAAUGAACAGAGUAAUUUCAAAACCUCGAGCAUCUAGGAAAGAAAAUGGACCAGUCGUAGAAACAAUUAAAGUUCCAUUGUCAAAACGAGCAAAAUUUGUUGGACCAGGUGGAUAUCAUAUAAAAAAACUUCAGGCUGACACAGGUGUAACAAUUAGUCAGAUUGAUGAAGAAACCUUCUCCAUAUUUGCACCAACACCUAGUGCAAUGCAUGAGGCAAGAGACUUCAUUACCGAAAUUUGCAGAGAUGAUCAAGAGCAACAGUUAGAAUUUGGAGCAGUUUAUACCGCUACAAUAACUGAAAUCAGAGACACUGGUGUGAUGGUCAAACUGUAUCCAAACAUGACUGCUGUGCUACUUCAUAACACGCAACUUGACCAGCGAAAGAUUAAACAUCCCACUGCCCUAGGAUUAGAAGUUGGUCAAGAAAUUCAGGUCAAAUACUUUGGCCGUGAUCCAGCUGAUGGAAGAAUGAGGCUUUCCCGCAAAGUCCUUCAGUCUCCAGCUAUAACUGCUGUCAAAACUCUAAAUGAUAGAAGCAGCAUUGUAAUGGGAGAGUCUAUGUCACAGUCAUCAUCCAACUCUUCCCCUUGACUCCUUUUGGAAAUGGGAUUCUAAACUGCUAAUAAUUUGGGGAAAAAAAAACGAAGCCAGUUCUUGGAACUCAAGAGGGGUGCCACAGAAUUUAAAUGGACAGCUCACUAAUGCCAACAGCAGAAGCACCCUCAUUUCUGCAUAAACCAGCAGCCUACCAUUCGAGCCAGACUUCCCUUCAUCUUUAUUCAAAUCAUGGUCAUUUUUCAUAAUUUCUAAUGAAGUUUAUGUUUUUGCUUUUUUGGGAGGCAGCAUUUCUCUGUGUAGCCAAGGGUGUCCUGGAACUUGCUCUGUAGACCAGGCUGGCCUUGAACUCAGAUCCACCUGUGCCUGCCUCCUGAGUGCUUGGAUUAAAUGUGUGCACCACCACCAGGCCCUCUAAUGAAGUUUCUAAUCUGAGUCUAUCAUAUGCCAAAAACUAAUUUAUAAUUCCUGAAUACUGCUAUUUGAAUGUUGAUCUUUUAUGACCCUUUUUUUUGACAUACCAUGAAUUAGUGUUCAAAUUUUUAUAUGUACUUAUUAUUUUGUGCACUUACAAGCCAUUGUAUGUGUGUGGGGCUCAGGACAACUUGUCGGAGUUGGUUCACUCACUGUGGGUUCCAGGAGACAAACUCAGGGCAUCAGACUUCACAAUAAUCAUUGUACCUUUCCUUGCUGAGCCAUCUGACUUGCUCAAAUUAUGGUUUUUAUGUGACUAUUUUCUUUCCCUUCCAAAACAUUUUAAAUUUCUGGAUCUAAGAUAGAAGCGUGAACAUGAGCCACUCUCUGUUUAGCUAAGCAAAGCGUCACAUUCAACAUCUACUGUGGACUAAGCACUAGGCAUGUACAGGGGAUGUCAGCAAACAGAGCCGAAGCUCAUGUUCACUUGUGCUUGAAGAAAGCUGGCAGUAAGCAAGGAUGUAACAUUGACAAAGAAGCAGAUGCUGUAAUAGAAAGGAGUUGGAGUGACCUGUCCUGCUGCUGCAGUGUAGACUAUGAAUAAGACCAGCUUGGGGAGGGAAAGAUUUAUUUGGCUUACACUGCCCAGAUCACAAUCUGUUAAGGAAAGCCAAGGGAAGAAACUAGAACAGGUCAUGAGGAAUACUUUUUACUGGCUUGCCCCCAAUGGCUUACUCAGCCUGCCUUUUUUUUUUUAAAAAAAAAAAAAAACUUUUAUUACUAUAUAUUAUAUAUAAUUAUAAUAUAUAUUUUUGGGGGGUAUCAAGACAGGGUUUCUCUGUAGACCAGGCUGUAAAGGUGUGUGCCACCACCGCCCAAUAGCCCAACCUGUUCCCUUAUGCCAUCUAGGACCAACUACCCCAGUGAACUAUGCCUAGCACAUCAAGCAUUAAUCAAUAAAGUGCCCCCAUAGCCUUGACAAUUGGCCAAUCAGAUGGAAGCAUUUUCUUGCUUGAGGCUCCCUUUUCCCAGAUAAUCCUGGCUUGUAUAAAGUUGACCAAAAAAAUAAAUAAAAUAAAAAUCACACAGCCAGGACAAGUGAUAAGUUAUUGUUUGAAAUGAAAUGAUCCAGAACCACUUCCCUGAAUAGAUAAUAUUUAAAGAGACCUGAAUGAAAUAGAAGGAGAUGUGAAGACAAAAUAAACUUUCAUUUUAUAAGUCAGUUUCACAUAGUUUCGUCUUUUGUAUUAAGAAUAUAGUCAAGGGCUGGAGAGAUGACUCAGGUUAAGAGCAUCGACUGCUCUUCCGGAAGUUCGAUUCUCAGUAACCACAUGGUGGCUCACACCAUCUGUGAUAUCUGAUGACCCUCCCAUGGUGAAAAGAGAAGCAGCUCCCUCAAGUUGUUCUCUGACCUCCAAACAUGCACCAUGGUACUAAAGCACCAAUGCCAAGUAAAUAAAUGUAAUAAAUUUUGCAUAUAUAUAUAUAUAUAUAUAUAUAUAUAAAACAAGUGGGGAGAGCAGAUAUUUUCAAAACAUUUAAACGGGUAAACAUGCUUAGUUAUUUCUGAGGAAUAAACGGAAUCACAGAGAGUUUAAUAGGCUUUGACAAAUACUUUCUCAUGAAACUUGAUAAUAGGAAAGGCAGACAGUAGAAAUGGGAAAGAGAAUGUAAAGACAUUGAGGGUCGGGGAUUAAAAAAAGAAAAAGCAGUGUUUAAGUCUCAUGGGUGGAUAGAAUGAAUAUAGGGUUGAAGAGGAAGAAACAGUUCCACUGCCAUGUUUAGCUUGAGGGUUGUAAAGGUAAUAGAUUCUGAUAUCGGUGGAAAACUUGCUAGGUAUGAGUGAAGCCAUCAACUAACAUAGAGGUGGCUGUUGUAGGAAGCAAUUGAAGAAUGAUGUAUCGCUUCUGGGGAAUCUCUAACACAGAGAGAAGGGGCACCUAACCAAGUAUUCCAAUCAAGUCAAGCUGAUCAGCAAAUUAAUUAAUUGAGGUUGUAUACAAGAGCAAUGGGCAACAGACAUGAAGCUACUUCUAAUGACAUCCCCACCCUAGUGGUGAAUCUUAUGUCCCUGCCCUUCUCAACUGGAGAAUGUUAAUAGACAUUCCAUGGCAACAUAUACCAAACAAAAAGAAAAACCUGCAUUUUAUGACUAUCGUGCUAUGGUAUGAUGUACUGUUUCCUUUGGUAACAACAUAGUUACUAAUUAAUAAAAAGUUGGUAGACACUCUA